AUCGAGAAGUGCCUGCACCCUGUGCCUUUCAUCCACACUAAUUUGGCUGCAGUGACUCUCGUUCAAGGGACAGUCACUUUGGAUAGCUUAUUACAACUCUUCUCACAACAUUCCUGGCUCACAUGUCACAAGUCUCUAGGAUCAAGAGCCAAAUCCCCCUUCUCCUGUGAAUGACCGCUGAGGAAGACAAUGAAUGAGGCGAAGGAGUCUCUUCGAAACAUUGAGCAGAAGUACAAGCUCUUCCAACAGCAACAGUUCACCUUCAUCACCGCUCUGGAGCACUGCAGGGAGAACGCCCACGACAAGAUCCGGCCCAUCGCCAGCAUCGGACAGGUGCAGAACUACACGGAGCAUUACUGCAACAACUCCACAGACCGGCGCAUUCUGCUCAUGUUCCUGGACAUCUGCGCAGAGCUGAACAAGCUGUGUCAGCACUUCGAAGCCCUCCACUCCGGCACCCCAGCCACCAACAACCUGCUUGAGAAAUGCAAAUCCCUGGUUAGCCAAAGCAACGACCUGAGCAGCCUCAGAGCAAAGUACCCUCACGACGUGGUGAACCACCUCAGCUGUGACGAGGCCAGGAACCACUACGGAGGUGUCGUCAGCCUCAUCCCCAUCAUCCUGGACUUAAUGAAAGAAUGGAUCGCCCACUCAGAGAAGCUGCCCCGCAAAGCCCUGCAGCAUGGGGCAACUUAGCUUCUGUGUUCUUGCUUCCUCGGGGGCGACCGUCAAGAAUAAAAAGUGUUUUCCCAUCUCUCUGCCUGGCUUGGUUACCUGGGAGUUAUCCCUUCUUUAUUUACCUUGACACCUCAGAGGACACUGGCCAGUAGCCUCACAAGCAAAACCAUGAGCAAAGAGCAACCACUAUAGACAUUUGCUCUCGGGGGGUUCAUGCCAAAGACCCACAGACCAGCUCGUAACUGGCAUUCCGUAGUUAGAAGCUGUUCAGACAGGAAUCUGAAUAGACAUCUGAAUUUUCCAGACGAAAUAAAAAACUGCCACCUCUG